CGAACGGCAGUCAGUUACAUACCACGAUAACGAUAAUCCUUUCUGAAAGUGUCAUAUAAUAUGUCUGAAGGAACUUGGGAAAAGCUUGCCCAGGUUGCUGUCAAGGGUGCCCAAUAUGACUCUCGUGAGCGUCAGCCCCAUCCGAAAUGUCUGGAAGGGACCAGAGUGGUCCUUCUCAACUACAUCUACGAGUCAUUGGACCGUCGAGGAAACAGUCAACUCAUUUGGCUGCAUGGCACGGCAGGUGUAGGAAAAUCUGCUGUAGCAUUCACUGUAGCCGAAAGAAUGAGAGGUCUGAAAGUGAAAGAAGGAAGCAAGGAAAAGCGGCUUGCAGGAACAUUCUUUUUUUCGCGCAAGCACACGAAGCGCCGCACAACUGGUUAUUUCUUCGCGACUCUUAUCUACCAGCUUGCAAGCAAUUUCCCCAGCAUCCGGGAGGACGUGAAUAGAAUCAUCCUCGACAAUCCUACUUUGCUAGAUCACGACACAUCUCUUCGCGACCAGAUGGAGGCGUUAUUUCUUCAACCCCUCCAGAGGCUCAAACUCAGACUGCGUGAAUGCCCGCCUUUGACGUUUGUUAUUGAUGCCCUUGACGAAUGCGCUUCUGAAUCUCCCGAGGACGACACAUCCGAGAGCGAGCUCACUGAUCUUAUCUCCUUACUUGGCGAAGCUCUUCGCGAGCCUGGUCUGCCCAUAACCCACAUCCUGCUCACGAGUCGUUCGGAAGAGUAUAUUCACAAAGCUAUGCAGACAGAAGAGAUACGUCCACUGGUGUGCGAGAUACCAGUGAGAACUUCCGGGGAGGGAGUCGCUGCCACUAUCUCGUUAGAUGGUGUAGACGUUGACAAUGACAUAUAUGUUUUCUUGCAGCAUUCAUUCAGAGAGCUGGGCACUCGUCAUCCCGAUUUUCCACAGCCAUCGACUGAUGAACUUGCGCGGCUGGCGAGCAGAGCAGGCAGACGUUUUAUUGUGGCAUCCACGAUGAUGAAGUUUAUUGAUGAUCGACACAACGAUCCCCGCGAUCGACUUCAGCUCAUGCUCGAGUUAACGAGCGAACUGCUACCAGGAACAGAGGUGUACAAGUUGUACGACCGAAUCCUUUCCACGUGCGCUGACCCAACACUCGCAUACCUGCACUUGUCUGUUAUCACUGCCCUUGCAGACCCUCUGCCGAUGGCACAAAUUUCAAAACUUCUUGGCCCUGGUGAGGGCAGGGACGUCGAAAGUAUACUGAUACAGCUACGAUCUGUGAUAGAUGUUCCUACUGACAGCAGUCUCCCCGUGAAUAUCUACCACUCCUCCGUCCGUGACUAUGUUUCUCACCACUCAAACUCCUCCCUCUGUCAAGUACACAACAUCGCAUCACCCCACUCUCUCCUCGCUCUGUCCUGUCUCCGCUUGAUGGUGCACGACCUUCUAGAAAGCACGGCCCUUCUAGACGCAUUCUCAGAAUUGACAAAGCAUAGCCAAACUAUAGAAUUGCACGAACCUCAGAAUUUAAAAUCUACAUUGGACUUUAUUGGCCAGCCACCUGAGCCACUGCAAGUGCUUAUAGGUCUACUAUGGCUUCGGGAGCAUCGUAAUUUAAAAUUGCAAUUCUGGCUGGAUACCCGGGAUGGGCAUGCCUGGCUCCAGACCAAGGGAGGGAAGGGCUGGCUUCAAACUGAGGGAGCGGAGCGCUGGCUGCAGACCCGGGGAGGGGAGCGCUGGCUGCUUACAAAGGAAGGGAAGGGCUGGCUGCAGACCAACUGGCGGCUCCAAACUCCUUACUACACGGGACACCAACUACUGAUCCCGGAAAAGCCUGAGCAUAACUCGUACCUCCACCCCUUGAAUACAUCUGAGCCUGUACAGACCUUAGACGACACCUCAGACCCACCCUCACCGACCUCUUCCACUGAGGCUGGCCUGCAGAUCACAGGUGGGGGAGGGCCACUGCAGACCUCGGGUACACAAGCCUGGCUGCAAGCCCUGGGCGGGCGACAUUGGCUACCGUGGUUGGAGACCCAAGUCGGGAGAUACUGGCUGCUGAGCCAGGGUGGGCGAGACUGGCUGCAGACUCAAGGAGGGGAGAACUGGCUGCAGACCCUAAGCGCACAAGGGUGGCUGCAGACACAGGGAGGAAAAGACUGGAUACAAACUCCGGAGGGGCGAGAGUGGCUGCAGACCCAAGGCGGGCAAGAGUGGCUGAGGACUACAGAUAAGCGAGAAUGGCUGCAGACAUCAGGAGGGAAAGACUGGUUGCAGACCCAGGUAGGGAGAGAUUGGUUGCAGACCCUGGGUGGGCGUGACUGGUUGCAGACACCCCAGGGUCAGACAUGGCGGUUAACGACUCUCUGGGUGACAAUGGAAGAAUACUCGAGCACGUUGGAAGCAACCGGAGAUUACAUCAUUGCCCCAGAUUCGCUUCUACAGCCCACUUUUCAAGUAAUUCAGCAAUUCAAGAACUUGCCGGAUUUCUUGUUGUUUCCGGCCUUUUUGGCGUUAAGGCACCAGGAUCAUUCGACCUUUGCGUCAACAUACAAUCGUCCUCUACCGGACGUGGAGACCAUCCAUGCAAUGGUGGCCUUUAUUGAUUUCGCAAGCCAAGCAUGGGAACGAAGUCGAUCAACCUCCGAUGCUUUGAAGUAUGCAUGUCAAAACUGGGCCCUCCAUCUCUCUCGAGCUCCAAACCCGCGGGAUGAGAGGCUUACUUGUAUACUCAAGUCUUUCUGGGAUCGUUAUCUCCUCUCCUGGCUUGAAAGGCAGUGGUGUUUGAAGGAUCUGCGCUCUUGCCUCACUAUUCUACGCGAAGGGGAAAAACUUGCACAGGACUAUCUUCAAACUCCAAGGUUGCCUCUAUCAUGAGUCUGAAGCACUCGAUGUUACGUGACAUUACUCGCUAUCUU